AUUGGCUCCCCUGCUCAAUUCUGCUGGGAGUCGCAUCCUACCUGGUGAAGAGGUGUAGAGCUUUUCUCUGCUGUAUGUACUCACCGGGCUCUUGCUGAGGUGGGAGAAUCAGCCCUGGACUGGAGACUUCUAUCUCCUGUAGCACCAAUAGAAAGAGCAAAAGAUCUAGUCCUGAUGGGUUCCUGGAAAGCUUUUCUCUUCUCUCCCUUUCUUCUGUGGAGUCAAAGUAGAAGGGUGAGGUUGAUGUUCUUGUUACUGACCCUGCACUUGGGAAACUGUGUUGAUAAAGCAGAUGAUGAAGAUGAUGAGGAUGUAACUGUAAACAAAACUUGGGUUUUGGCACCAAAGAUUCAUGAAGGAGACAUCACACAAAUUCUCAACUCCUUACUUCAAGGCUAUGACAAUAAACUUCGCCCAGAUAUAGGAGUAAGGCCCACAGUAAUUGAAACUGAUGUGUAUGUAAACAGCAUUGGACCAGUUGACCCAAUAAACAUGGAAUACACAAUAGAUAUAAUAUUUGCCCAAACCUGGUUUGAUAGUCGUUUAAAAUUCAAUAGUACCAUGAAAGUACUUAUGCUUAACAGCAAUAUGGUUGGGAAAAUUUGGAUUCCUGACACUUUCUUCAGAAAUUCAAGAAAAUCAGAUGCUCACUGGAUAACAACCCCUAAUCGAUUGCUUCGAAUUUGGAAUGAUGGACGUGUUCUAUAUACACUGAGAUUGACAAUUAAUGCAGAAUGUUAUCUUCAGCUUCAUAACUUUCCUAUGGAUGAGCAUUCCUGCCCAUUGGAAUUCUCAAGCUAUGGAUACCCUAAAAAUGAAAUUGAAUAUAAAUGGAAAAAGCCUUCUGUAGAAGUGGCAGAUCCUAAAUACUGGAGAUUGUACCAGUUUGCAUUUGUAGGGUUACGAAACUCAACGGAAAUCUCUCAUACAAUCUCUGGUGAUUAUGUUAUCAUGACAAUUUUUUUUGACUUGAGCAGACGGAUGGGAUAUUUUACUAUUCAGACCUACAUUCCCUGUAUUCUUACAGUUGUUCUUUCUUGGGUGUCUUUUUGGAUCAAUAAAGAUGCAGUACCAGCAAGAACAUCACUGGGUAUCACUACAGUUCUGACUAUGACAACCUUGAGUACAAUUGCCAGGAAGUCGUUACCUAAGGUUUCUUACGUGACUGCAAUGGAUCUCUUUGUUUCCGUUUGUUUCAUUUUUGUUUUUGCAGCCUUGAUGGAAUAUGGAGCGUUGCAUUAUUUUACCAGCAACAAAAAAGGAAGGACUGUAAGAGACAGGAAGCGCAAAAACAAGACCUCAAUCACUUCUGGUCUUCAUCCUGGAUCCACUCUAAUACCAAUGAAUAACAUUUCUCUGCCACAAGGAGAAGAUGAUUAUGGGUAUCAGUGUCUAGAGGGCAAAGAUUGUGCCAGCUUCUUCUGUUGCUUUGAAGACUGCAAAACAGGAUCAUGGAGGGAAGGAAGACUACACAUUCGCAUUGCCAAAAUAGACUCAUAUUCUAGAAUAUUUUUCCCAACAGCUUUUGCCCUGUUUAAUCUGGUAUAUUGGGUUGGCUAUCUUUAUUUAUAAAUUCUUCUAACUAGAUCAAGAUGACAAGAUGUCUAAGUAUAUCCAUUAUAUGUAUUGUACUUCAGUAAUAAGAAGUUUGAUUUUAAAGUACAGAAACCAAUGGUUAUAAAGUGAAUUAUAUUGUAAUUAUUUAAAGGCUCCCAAGAUAAAUAAAUUGGCAGUUUUAUAUUGAUUUACUUAA